AAUAACAGAGUCGAAAUGAUCACUGAUCCUGGAUCAGGCUCUGGAGAUGACAUAUGUUUCGUGGUCUACUAUUAUUGGUCCAGGCACACCAUCUUGUUGUCCAAUGGCAGGCAGACAUCUGUUCGCUGGAGCGACUCUAAAAUAUUCUGUUCUCUUCCGUCUCCACAAGGUAUUCACAUUUUAGCAAGGACGUUGGCUGCAUUUGAAAGGAGAGCUGAGAUGGGGAAAAUGCAAGUCUUGGGUGUAGUUGCGGUGAUGCUAGCAGUGUACUGUGUACAUGCAAAGGUUUACUUUCGGGAGGAGUUUGUGGACGGUGAUGAAUGGAGAAGUCGCUGGAUGAACUCCAAACACAAAUCUGACUAUGGAGAGUGGAAACUAACAGCUGGCAACUUCUUUGGAGAUGCUGAGAAAGACAAAGGUCUGCAAACAAGUCAGGAUGCUCGUUUCUAUGCUACCUCUGCCCGUUUCGAACCUUUCAGCAACGAGGGCAAGCCUUUGGUCAUUCAGUUUACAGUUAAGCAUGAGCAAAAGAUCGACUGUGGUGGUGGCUACGUGAAGGUGUUCCCUGCUGAUUUGGAUCAGGCUGAGAUGCAUGGAGAAUCCACAUACUACAUCAUGUUUGGCCCUGAUAUCUGCGGCUACAGCACAAAGAAAGUCCAUGUCAUCUUCAAUUACAAGGGCAAGAAUCACCUCAUCAAGAAAGAGAUUAAGUGCAAGGAUGAUGAGCUGACCCACUUGUACACACUGAUCCUGAAUCCAGAUCAAACCUAUGAGGUGAAGAUUGACAACGAGAAGGUAGAAUCUGGCAGUCUGGAGGAAGACUGGGACUUUCUGCCUCCUAAGAAAAUUAAGGACCCCGAAGCCAAGAAGCCAGAGGACUGGGAUGAUCGCGCCAAGAUUGACGAUGCUGAUGACACCAAGCCUGAAGACUGGGACAAACCUGAGAACAUUCCAGACCCUGACGCUAAAAAGCCUGAAGACUGGGAGGAGGAUAUGGACGGAGAGUGGGAGCCACCCAUGAUCCCCAACCCAGAGUACAAGGGAGAAUGGAAACCAAAACAGAUCGACAACCCCAACUACAAAGGAUCCUGGGUGCACCCUGAGAUUGACAAUCCUGAAUACAGUCCUGAUUCAAACAUCUACAAGUUUGACAACAUUGGUGUUUUAGGUCUUGAUCUUUGGCAGGUGAAAUCUGGUACCAUCUUUGACAACUUCUUGAUCACAGACGAUGUGAAGGAAGCAGAAGACAUUGCAAACGAGACAUGGGGUUUGACAAAGGAACCAGAGAGGAAAAUGAAACAGGAGCAAGAUGACCUAAAACGAAAAGAAGAGGAGGAGAAGAACAAAGAACAAGACACUGACGCCGAUGAUGAUGAAGAUGACACUGAUGAGGAAGAAACAAAGGACGACAUGGAGGAGGCCCUUUCAGAAAUGGAUGAUGAGGAAGGAAAGCUUAAAGAUGAGCUUUGAGGAGGUGGCCAGAGAUUUUGUCUGUCCCUCCGUUAGAAACUGUCCUGUAUUUCCCAGGGGUAUUGUGGCUGCUGUGCAUCCUUUCCCUGAGAUUUGGACACAACCCAUUUUUGGGAGGGGGAGGAGGGGGGGGAGCAAAUUUGGUGUAGGGUGGCAAGUGGAAGUAAAUGGACUUAGUUUCUCUUUCAUUUUGGUCAUGAUAUUACGCUGUUGCCCUCAACUGCUGGAUUGAUUCUAAGGUUUUCCACCCACAAAGUCCAUUGCUCAUUUACUGUUUUGUUUUUUUUAUUUUUUCUUGAUCUACACAUCUACUUUCAGAUUCCCUUGCACAGUUGACCCAGAGCUGUGAUAAAUAUGACAAAUUGAGAUUUGCAAGGAUUAGCCAUUCAGAUUUUAAUAAUUUUCCCCAAAGGAAAAUGUCUCUUGCAGCCCGGUGAAACAUAAAAUGCACAUAACUGAACAUAUAAUGCAAAACCUUUUAAGACUUACUGAAAAAAGAAAUUACAGAGUAAUGUAACUUAUUUUCAUUAUAUCUGUGGCACUGAUUUAGUUUUCUUUCCAUUUCCUCUUCUGCAGUAGCACCCAGUUAAAUAGUUUUUUUUUUUCUAUGUUGAAAUGGCAUAAAUUCAACAUGCCGUCAUGCUAAUGAUGGGAUCUACAUUAUACCCUGAAUAUCUGGCGAAAGAGAUGUUGAGCCCCUGGUGUGACUCGUGACAUCACUAAGGGUCACAAACUUAUUUUUAUUUGGACAGAAUGUUAUUGAUACCAAAGUUUUUAUUAAAAGAUUAUACCCUU